AAACAAGGAAUCAAAUUAGUAAGAAUCAAUGGCCAAUAACAACAACAAUAACAGCAUGGCUUCGUCCAUGGCGGCCCGUGAGGAGAUCGAGGCGCUGCUGAGGCGGCAGCAGCAGCUCGUCACGCAGCUCCGGGCGCUCGUCCUUCCCUCGCUGCUACGCGACAACGUCGGCGGCGAAUCGGCGGAGCUCGCCGUCCAGCUCUUCGACGACGUGAUCGGCUGCAACACCAGCGCCGUCUCCAGCCUCCUGCGGGCCGGCGGGAGCUUGUUCGGCGCCGAGCCGGCAGUCGACGACAAGUCCUUGGUGAGGAAGAAGAUGUUAAACCGUGCUAUUAGUCCUGGAGAGAUCAGGAUGAAGGAAGAAGAACAGACGAGGCCUGUGAGAAGCGUUGCUACAAAAAGAAGGAGGAAGGACGGCAAAAGAUCAAGAUCACUUGUGACCAAUGUUCCCCACUACGAUGGUCAUCAGUGGAGAAAAUAUGGGCAGAAGAACAUCAAUGGAAUGCAACACUCUAGGAGCUAUUACAGAUGUACCUACAAAGAACGGAACUGCUCGGCGACCAAGACGGUUCAGGAACAAGAUCACAACAGAAGCUCUUUUAGCUAUGGCGAUGAAACUGUAAAGUACACCGUUGUGUACUAUGGGCAUCACACUUGCAACGGCGAGAACAUUAGCAAUGGCAAUGUUGAUCUUCCGCAGCUUGUUAGUAUGGAUCUUGAUCAGACUGUCGAGGAAAUGGCACGAAUGACAACAUAUCAAGCUCAAGAGUUUGAUGAGGGAGACCUCGACGUGCCAGCUCUGCUAGAGGUGCUAGACAACCCCCUGCUGAAUUGGGACAUGUGGUAGCUAGCUUCAACAUAAGUCUAGUAUAUGAAUGUGUUGCUGAACUGGGAGUUCAUGUGCCAGCUUGCUGCUUUAUGAAUGUGUUGGAGAGUGAAAGUGAAUCCUGAUGGUUAAUUGAUAGAAUCUACAGUUGGUUUUGUUAUGUUGGUAGUGUGACACACUAGGUUUCAUAGACCAAUUUAGUUUAUGAAAAAUAAAUCAGCUUGAAUUUUUCAAAUAUUUCAUAUGAAA